AUCCCUUUCCUCUCUCCAAACGCUCAACACCUCGCUUUCCACUCCACGGUUUCUAUACAAAGCUUCUUUGUCUUGACCGGCACUCAUCCGUCGUCCACCAACCUUGAACGGCACGUUGCCAGCUAGAAGAACGUUGGAUUUGGAGAUCAGGUGCACGCAGCCUCAAACAUGGUGGGCACAAUGGAGCCAUUUGUGCCAUCAACACCUUCCCCAGGACCGACCGCGCGAAUUCACACACCUCCCGCGCCCCAACACGGUUAUUCAGACAAUUACCAGCCCUAUACACCCGGCCCGCGCAAGUCAACCCGCAUCGCGCAACGGGCUGCAAAUCGAACACCAUCACCACAACCGUCAUCGCGUCGCCAUCAACAAGAAAGCUCGCUCGGUUCGCCCAAGUCGACAAACAAGCACUUCGCUUCCAACAUGGCUACGCCUGCCCUCUCGCCGCAGAAAAAGCGCAUGCCUCCCAUGGAUUCGUCGCGCAGGGUUUCGGGUACCCUCACGGCUGAGGGAACCGCAACCGCUGCCGUCGCCCUUGGACUGUCACCUGCGCCCAUGCCUGAGUCGCGCUCCCGUCGUACAAGCGCGAUGACUGGUGCCGGCAAUCUCGUCACGCCGGCGAAAACCCCCUCGAAGCCGCCCAACGACAAGGUUAAGGACAAGGUCAAGGCGGUCGCGCGCAAUCUCUUUCACAGCGACGACGAAGAGAGGCCGAGUAGCUUCUACUCUGUGGAAGUUGCCGAGGCAUCGUUCGAGAUCUACACCGAUUCCAACGCACGCGUUCCCGAGAAGGACACCAGCGCUGAGAAUCCCUUCUACGUCGGGGAGCACACUGCAGUUCCGGAGCCGCCGCGGCGCCGAAGCAAGCGCAACACUGUUACUAUUCCCGGCGAGGGCAGGGUGUCUAUCGAAGAGGCUGUUCGCCGCGAGGACGGCAUGUUGAUUACGUUCCGAGGCAAGAAGCAGUUCCGGAAGUUUUCUGAGCUGGAAGAGAGCCUGGAUGACGGUGAGGGCGGCCUGGAAAGCGCUGUCGAAGCGCCGAGACGGCACUUUACCCGGUCAUCCAUCAAGCCCCGGCUGCUCUUUCCAACAGCCAUGGCGGACGAGGCGAAGCUGGAGAAUGCUGACGAGGAAGCGCCGACCGACAUUGAGGACCAUGUGUUGGCGGGGCUGGAGGCGGAAAAGCCCGAAACCCCGGUGGAUCUGAUCGAAGAGGCGGCUGGCACCCCCAAGGCCCCCCGGCACGCACCUGCUUCUCCGCCAGCCACAGCGCGUACUACGCGUUUCGGAAGCAAAAAGGCCACGGAAAGCAGCCCGAUGAAGGCCAAGCCCGCGAAAGGCAGCCCUUUUGAUAGCUGGCGCCGGACGAAGGCCGGCGCACAGAGCACUGGCCAUAAGCGGUCGGGUGAGGAUAUCCCGGCAGCCGCGUCCAAGCGUACCAGGGCUUAAUGAUUCAUCGGGAGGCGAGACGCCAGCCUGCAAUUACCAGCACAUUGGACCUGGUGAUAUCAUCAUAGGAAGGUGGCGACAUGGCGUCGAUUUCAGCAUGAAUGGUUUUUUAGUUUCUCUUUCUGGCACG